UUGUACCAGAGUUGUGUGGUGAGUGGAGUGAGGAAGAUGAAGAGGAGGAGGCACACAUAAGCACUGAGGAGGAGCAGGAGCAGCAGGAGGAUGCGCGUGUCUGUGCCGGACAUGAUGGAUGCGCGCGGGUUCGGACAGCCGCCAGCCGCCUGGGCAGUUGUGGUCCAGCUGGGGGGGGUCCCCACACUCCGGUCCCGGCUCUCCUCGGAGCCCCUCCUCCAUGCCCGGGAGAUCUGAGGCGGGAAGGCGGGAUGGAGCACGCCGGUGCGGUGCCCUCCGGUGCGGAGCCGCCGCUGCUGACGCUCAACGGCUCCGCCAACGACACGCGGCUCAAUCUGACGUCCGAGGCGGAGCACGCGGACUCUAAGUGGGCUUUCCGCGCGGGUCUGGCCGUGACCCUGUCCCUCAUCACUUUCGCCACCGCCCUGUCCAACGCCUUCGUCAUCGCCACCAUCUACCGGUCCCGGAAGCUGCACACGCCGGCAAACUUCCUGAUCGCGUCCCUGGCCGUGACCGACCUGCUGGUGUCCGUGCUGGUCAUGCCCGUGAGCGCGCUCUACACGGUCAGCCAGACGUGGACGCUGGGUCAGGUGGUGUGCGACGUGUGGCUGUCCUCGGACAUCACGUGCUGCACCGCCUCCAUCCUGCACCUGUGCGUAAUUGCGCUGGACCGCUACUGGGCCAUCACGGACGCGGUGGAGUACUCCAAGAAGCGCACGCCCGGGCGCGCGGCCGGCAUGGUGGCCACCGCGUGGGUCAUCGCCGUGUCCAUCUCCCUGCCGCCGUUCUUCUGGCGCCAGGUGAAGGCGGAGGAGGAGGUGACGUCGUGCACCGUCAACACGGAGCACAUCUUCUACACCGUGUACUCCACCUUCGGCGCCUUCUACAUCCCCACGCUGCUGCUGCUCGCGCUCUACGGCCGCAUCUACGCGGAAGCCCGGAAGCGCAUCCUCAAGCAGCACGCGCACAAGAAGCCCGGGAAGAGGCUGACCUCCGCGCGCCUCAUCACCGACUCCCCCGGUUCCGGUUCCGCGGCGUCCAACGCGUCCCUCAACUACGGGACCGACGGCGCGUCCUCGUCCUGUGACACUACCUCCUGUUCCGUGCCCGCGGGCGCGGUCAAAGUCACCGUGUCCGACGCGCUCCUGGAGAAGAAGCGCAUCUCCGCGGCCCGGGAGCGCAAGGCCACCAAGACCCUGGGCAUCAUCCUGGGCGCGUACAUCAUCUGCUGGCUGCCCUUCUUCAUCUACACCCUGCUCGUGCCCGUGUGCGCGUCCUGCUUCCACGCGGAGCUCUUUGACAUCUUCACGUGGCUGGGUUACCUCAACUCCCUCAUCAACCCCAUCAUCUACACCAUGUCCAACGAGGACUUCAAACAGGCCUUCCACAAGCUCGUGCGGUUCCGGUGCUGCAGGGCGUGACGCGCACGCGCACACGGACACACACAGACACGCG